GAAAGACAAGAGGAGGAAAAGCAGCCCGUCCGUGGAUGUGACACGCUUACAGAUCCGUGGAAAACACCCCUGCCAGCAGCAGGAAACCAUGAUCCGGUUCCAGCGGCGUCUUUAACCCGCUCCAAACGAACCGUGCGCGGGGAGCUUACCUUGUUCACCUGUCCGUCCGUACGUCCUGCAGCGCCAUGGUGGAGCAGUCGGAUCGAGCCCCGCUGCUGGACUGGGAGGAGAUCCCACCGCCCGACCCGAAUCAGGCGGCCCAGCCACCGCCACCGGAGGAGCAAGGCAGCACCGAGGCGGAGAAAAGUUCUCAGCCGGCCGGGAGGCAUCAUUUACCGCCAGCCACGGCCGUCUCCACCGCCGUCACCUACAGCCCGACGCGGAACGUAACAGCUGUCGUUGUGAGCCGGGACAGAAGCCUCCAGCCGGCACGAGUCUCCGGGUUCGGGGUUGACCGGAACCUGCCGUUCCCCUGCGUCCCACCGAGGGAUCAGUGGGAGGAAAAGGACCAGAUAGUGGCUGUGUUUGUGGUUACGUUCGAUACGAGGUCAGGAAAUAUGAUAGAGUGGUGUCUGCCUCAUGACAUCAACCUUGAUGGAGUUGAAUUCAAGUCAAUGGCCAGCGGCUCCCAUCGGAUCACCAGUGACUUUAUAUAUUUCCGUAAAGACAAUUACUUCGGGCUGGCCUGUUUUGCCAACAUGCCUGUUGAGAGCGAGCUGGAGCGAGGAGCGAGGAUGAAGUCUGUGGGAAUUCUGUCUCCUUCCUACACUUUGCUUUACCGCUACAUGCACUUCCUGGAGAAUCAAGUCAGACAUCAGCUGCAGAAUCCAGGCCAGUAUUCUCCUCUAGAGGCCUUUUAUGAGGAUAAGAAGGCUGUUCUCCCCCCAAUGGGAAAUGGUGUGGUCACGUCGUGCCCCAUGUGGAGCGUUGCCUCCAUAAACCGCUGCAUGCAUCCAGAAAUGAAGAUCACCCAUCCAGCUGGCUGCAUGUCUCAGUUCAUCCAGUUUUUUGGGGAGCAGAUAAUGGUGCUGUGGAAGUUUGUGCUGCUUCGGAAACGCCUCCUGAUCUUCUCUCCUCCACCUAUAGGUGUGGUGUGCUACAGGGUGUAUUGCUGUUGCUGCCUGGCUAAUGUUUCCAUACCAGGAAUCGGAGUGUCUGUACCUGAACUACGGCCUUUUUUCUACAUCAACAUAGCCGACAUCAGCGCCCUGGAAACAGAGCUGUCGUACGUGGCCUGCACGACAGAGAAAAUCUUUGAGGAAAAGAAGAGGCUGUACGACGUCUACAUCGACAACCAGAACGUGAAGACUCACAGAAGCCACCUGCAGCAGCUGCUCAGACUGAACGCAGCAGAUAAGGAGAAGUACAGGAAGCUGAGUGAACAGAGGCAAAUGCUGCUGUACUCUCAGGAGGUGGAUGAAGACUGCACAUCAAAUGAAGAGGAUCUUUUCAUUCUGUUCUUCAUGGAGCUGAAUAAUCGCAUCUUUCAGACCCUGUCGGAGGUGGCGGGGAGCGCUGAUCCCACCCUCACCGCUGAUCAUGUGAGGGCCAUGGGGUUGGAUCCCCAGGGUGACCGCUCCUUCCUGCUCGACCUGCUGGAUGUGUACGGCAUCGAUGUUGCACUUGUCAUAGACAACCUCUGCUGCUCCUGAGCCCACUGAACCUCUGGGACACGUGGACGCCAGUGGAUUAUUUGUACAUGUGAGGCUUAAAAAC